CUAACCGUUCAACCUCUCCUUCUCUAGAGUCUCUAGACUUCUUCAGAAAUACUAGCUUUUCCUCUGUUUCAGAAGCGCUUUCUAUUUUCUAAAAACCCUUGAAUACCUCUCUUCAAGUUCUUGAAAAAUCCUAGCUUUUUUGUUCACAUUCAUCAUGAGUUCAUCUUCAAGAAGUCUUCGUUCUCUAUUCUUUCUGUCCUUCACUUUCUUGGGGUUUUCACUCUUUUCAUCAACAGUAGCAGAGAAUAUAAGUUUCAAUUUCUCUUCGUUCUCUUUACAAAACCUUACUCUUCUUGGUGAUUCCUAUCUCAGGAAUGGAUUUCUUGGAUUAACUCAAGAACUUGGUGUUCCUUCUUCAAGUUCUGGUUCUGUUCUAUUCAAUUCCCCAAUUAAUUUCUUCGAUCCAAAAUCAGAAAUUUCAGCUUCAUUUUCUACUAGAUUUUCUUUCUUGAUUACAAAUAUAAAUCCGGGUUCUUUCGGUGAUGGAAUUACUUUCUUUAUCUCAACUGAUAAUCUUACUCUUGGUAGUCCUGGUAGAUAUUUGGGUCUUGUUAAUUCAUCUCAAUUAUUAACCCCAAAUAAAUUUAUCGCCAUCGAAUUCGAUACUCGUUUAGAUUCAAUAUUCAAUGAUCCUACCGAUAACCAUAUUGGAUUAGAUAUCGAUAGUUUGAUUUCGAUAAGAACACAAGAUGUUGUUUCAAAAGGGUUUGAUUUGAAAAGUGGGAAUUUGAUUACAGUCUGGGUUGAUUACAAGAAUGAUCAAAAGAUUAUGAAUGUUUGGAUGAGUUACAAAAGUUUCAAGCCGGAAAAACCAAUACUGGUGGUGGAAAUCGAUCUUUCUGUUUAUUUCAAGGAGUUUAUGUUUGUAGGGUUUUCAGCAUCUACAGAAGGUAGUACAGAAAUUCAUAUGAUUAAAGAUUGGAAUUUUGAGACUUCUGGAUUCUAUCCUGUGAGGAGGCCAAAAUCAUCCAUUCCUCAUAAUGUGUCUGAUCACACCAUUCCGGUAAUACCCAUAACUCCUACUGUUUUGAAUUCUAGUAGUAAAAACAAUCGAAAGAAACUCGGAUUAGGUCUUGCAAUUGCUGGUCUAGGCUUGUUUUGCAUAGGACUAGUUGUAUUUGGUUUUAUCUUUGUUAAGAAAUUUAAAGAGAAGAGACCAGAUAAGAGUUUGAAGCUGGAACUUUUCAAAAGUCCCAGACAAUUUCGUUACCGCGAACUUAAGCAUGCUACUAAAGGGUUUCAUCCUAGUCGAAUCGUUGGUCAUGGAGCAUUUGGAACUGUUUACAAAGCAGUUUUUCCUGAAUCAGGAAUGACUUUUGCAGUGAAAAGAACGAAACAGACCCAUGAAGGAAAAUCUGAGUUCCUUGCAGAACUUUCCAUUAUAGCUUGUCUGAGACAUAAGAAUCUGGUUCAGCUUCAAGGAUGGUGUACUGAUAAGGGUGAAUUACUUCUUGUUUAUGAGUUUAUGUCAAAUGGUAGUCUUGAUAGCGUUCUUUACCAAGACACCAAAGAUGAGAUUUUGCUGAAUUGGGCUCGCCGAUAUAAUAUUGCUGUGGGGAUAGCUUCUGUGUUGACGUAUCUACACCGGGAAUGUGAGCAGCAAGUGAUCCACAGAGACAUUAAGACUAGUAAUGUAAUGCUAGAUCAGAACUUCAGUGCUAGGUUGGGAGAUUUCGGUUUAGCUCGACUUACGGAACACGAUAAAAGCCCAGUAUCAACUCUUACAGCUGGAACAAUGGGGUAUUUAGCUCCUGAGUAUCUUCAGUAUGGCAAGGCAACCGAGAAAACAGAUGUUUUCAGCUUUGGUGUGGUGUUACUUGAAGUGGCUUGUGGGAGAAGGCCUAUUGAGAGACAAGGAAAUGACAAGCAUCCAGUUAAUUUGGUGGAUUGGGUAUGGAGUUUACAUUCCAUAGGACAAAUCAUUGAGGCAGCAGAUAAAAGAUUAAAUGGAGAGUUUAAUGAAGAGCAGAUGAAGAAAUUGUUGCUUGUUGGUCUGAGCUGCGCAAACCCUUCAAGUAUUGAGAGACCUACAAUGAGAAGAGUACUUCAAAUCCUAAAUGAUGAAGCUGAGGUUAUAAAAAUACCUAAGGUGAAACCGAGUUUAUCAUUCUGCUCUAUCUUGCCUUUAAGCCUUGAUGACAUUGUUUCUGACGAUGAGUGUGAUGAAGCUACUUCCAGCCUGCCUUCAAGUGUCGGCCAAGUUGCAUCUGAAUGCAAUGGGAGUGAGAAAGCAAGCCCUUUGAUUGAAAUCAGUAUCGCAUAAGAUAACAAGAACAUCUGAGCAGAUUCGCCGAAAGAUGAAGGUUUUCAAGGAGGGCUUCAGAAGCAUGAAUUUUUUGAACUACUCUGCUGCCUACUCUUAGCAGCUUUUCAGUUGUAAGUAGAGCAUAUGAAAUGAGCAAGUGAAAAUGUAAAAAUGGCACCUGUGUCAGAAAGAAAAGAAAAGAAAUGCAUCAAAGUGUCAGUAGUCUUUUUCUUUUUGUUGUUUUGACAAAAGUUUCAGUAGUCUGUAGUGGGUAAUUCUGGGUCAUUAUUUCAUUUUUCAGAUGUAAAUAUCAAUUUGUAAAGAAAAAAUUGAUUUUUUAAAAUGCCUUAGUCCCUCAUUACUGCUAUGGGGUUGUGAUA